GAAGAAGGAAAAAGGGAAGGGGCUCAUGCUGCUGCUGAUCAUCAUCAUCAUCAUCUUCUCUCUCUGUGUUUCAUCUUCUGGUUCUUGUUUUCCUCUGGGACAUUCCAAUCCAUCUCUUUCUCUAAUAUUCCAUUUAUUUGCUAAUGUCCCGUACCUUGUUGCCUUGUUUUCCUCCUGAUGUGAGUGAUCAAUAGCAAAUAGGAAAAAUAUAGGAUCCCCCUUCUCUUUCUCUCUCUCAUUAUUUCUAGAGAGAGUAACAGAGAUUGCUUGUUCACAUAGCCUAUCAAUCCUUCUGCAAGUAAGUCAUCUGAGAACCAUCAAUGAAGAUCCCACUAACAGACAAAACAACAGAUGGUUGUAGUUCCCUCUCUGUGUAGUCUCUAUUCCCCCAUUAAAGCCUUUGCGUGUGUUGUUCUCUUGUUGUUCCUCACAUCAAGAGCAUCUUCCCUCCCUCUCUCCUCCCCCCUUUUCCUACCCCAGUAUCUCUUGUUGUGUGUGUGUGUCUUUGUAUGUGUGUGUGUGUGUCACUGUGUGUUCAAACUUCAAGUUCAAUCCCCCCCUCUUUCUCUCUCUCUCUCUCUAAAACACUGUUCCACAAUACUAUUUAGAUAGAGAGAGAGAGAGAGUGAGAGAGAAAUAAAAACAUCCACACAUCUCUAGCAGCUCUACUACUACUACCACUACUUCUACUACUACUCCUCCUUCCCCACCCCCUCUGUUUUUGGCAGAUGAUGUCCUAUCAAAGAAACUGCAUUCUCAGAUGUUCUAUUAAAGCCUGGGCAUGCCACAUCUCCUUUUCUCUCUCUUCAUGUCCUCACUCUUUCUCUUCUCCUCUUCCUCUUCCUCCUCCUCACAAUGCUCACCUCCUUAGACUCUCAUGAUGAUGAUGAUGAAACCACAACUACUACAACUACUACUACUACUACUACAACUCAAGAACACCAUCAUCACCACCACCACCACCACUUCCUCCUCCCUUCUCCAACUCAUUCACGUGACCUCCUCAUCGCCUCCGCUGACCUCAUCCACCGCCGCCAAUUCCCAGCCGCUCUCCACGCCCUCUCCGUCCUCUCCUCCUCCCUCUCCCCUCUCGGCGACUCCUCCGAUCGUCUCACCCACCAAUUCACUCUCGCUCUCUCCGCCGCCGCCGGCGCCGCCUCCUCCACUAUCUCCACCCACUGCGCCGCCACCUACCUUUCAUUCAAUCAAGUCACUCCAUUCCUCCGCUUCGCUCACCUCACUGCAAAUCAAGCAAUCCUCGAUGCCGUCGGUGCUCACCGACACAUCCACAUUGUCGACUUCGACAUUCUCCACGGCGUCCAAUGGCCACCAUUUCUUCAAGCUAUUGCCGACCGUUCUGAUCACCUGAAUCCUACUUUUAUCCGGUUAACCGGUACCGGUACUGAUAUCGAUGUUCUUCGUCGCACCGGUGACCGUCUUCGCUCUUUCGCCGUCUCCCUUGGCCUCACCUUCCACUUCCAACCACUCCUUCUCACUCCCUCCUCCACUCCACUUCCACCACCUUCACUUCAACUCCAUCCUGGUGAAGUCCUUGCCAUCAAUUGCACUUUUUUCCUGCACAAACUCCUCAAUAAUAACAACAGCAGCAGCAGCAGCAACAACAAUGAAUCACAAUCACAUGUCACACUAUUUCUCCAAUCAUUGAAGAGGAUGAAUCCUGUGGUGCUAACAAUGGCUGAGAUUGAAGCCAAUCACAACUCGCCAAUUUUCAUGCAGAGAUUCAUGGAAGCCAUGGAUUACUACUCAGCAGUGUUUGAAUCAUUAGAAGCCACUCUUCCUCCCAAGAGCCAAGAAAGGGUGGUUGUGGAACAAGAAUGGUUUGGUAAAGAGAUCUCCGGCAUCAUCUGCGGCGAACAACGGCACGAGAGGUUUGAUCGGUGGGAGAUGACUAUGAAGGAAGCUGGCUUCUCUAUUGUGCCUCUUAGUGCUUUUGCUUUAUCUCAAGCAAAGUUGCUUCUUAGACUUCAUUAUCCUUCUGAAGGUUAUCAGCUUCACUCAAUCAAGGACUCUAUCUUUCUUGGUUGGCAAAACAGAUCAUUGUUCUCAGUCUCUUCAUGGCAUUGAGAGGUGCAUGCACACUCACUCUCUACCCUAUGUUAGGGUUUACUAACAACCCUAAUAAAUCUCAUUUUU